AUGCAUGUGGCGUUGGACGCGCACUCUCUACUUUUUUUUUUUUUCUUCUGUCGUUGUUCUUUUAGGUUGGUGGCGUGCAUUAGCUCCCCGCAGGGAAGUCAGAUUCGUCAGCUGGAUCGGACCGGGCGCAGUGGCUGGUUUUCCCUCUGCCCCGUUAAGGACGAAGUAAUAGUAAUAAUUGUCAUCUCUUCAUUGGAGUCGACACGCGUCGUGCCGCAGUCGGAGUGGGUGAGGAGGCCGGGGCCCGGCACAGCGAGGAUGAGUGAGGUGCCGGAGGAGUUCACGGACUCCGCCGAUGAGUGGGAGGCGCCCGUGCAGGCCUGCCCGGCGGAGGACGUCAGGCCGCACCAGGCACAGCAGCUGCUCGAAAAGUUGGACGGCGAGGAGCGUGAGCUGGCGGGGGAGGUGGUACCCGUGGAGUUCUGCCUGCCCGACGGGAGGAGGGUCCGCCGGGAGCAUCUCAUGGGGCAGACCGUCGCCUACCUCAAGGCGCAGCUGGAGGACAUUGACGGCGUGCCGUACGAAGGGACGACCCUCUUCCUUGGGGACCGCCCGCUCCUCGACCCACUGUCCCUGAACGACCUGCCCUUCAAGGGCGGGGAGUGCAAUUACGUCACGGUGCGGCUCCCGGAGUAG